AAUCAUCAGGAAUAACAAUUCCAUUAGGAAUCGAAUUUGAUGACCCAGAAAUAACAUUAUUCGCAGAACAAGUACAACGAAUGACAGUUGUAGCAGAACAUAAAGCACCACAAAAUAAACAAGAAAAGAAACUGAAUCAACUUUAUCUGGAAGCCACACAAAGAGAAAUAAAUCAAUUUAGAGAACAAGUAAUAGGAAAAAACAAUACUAAAAAAGAUAAGAAAGAAAAAGCUAAAAGCUUAAAUAUUACCUUUAAUCAACAAGAAGGAAGCAAAAAAAAUAGAGAUCUAGUAAAAGACCUAGAAGAAGAAUAUGGAUAUGCAACUAACCAAGCACUAAACUUGGAUAGAAAAGAUUUUGAAGCAAUACAAGAGUAUGAACAACGAAUCUUAAUGAAAAGAUUCACCAGACAAAUGGAACAAUGUGAAAAACAACAACGAGACAGAAGACAAGGCUUAGAAUUACCAGAAAUAUUACCACUAAAAUAUCCAUAUAAUGAAGUAUAUCUACCAACA